AUGGCUGCGCAUGACCCUGAAGUAAGGCCAACAGCCAGGGAUCAUGCACUCGGCCAUGCACUCAAUCAUGCAUCAUCCAUGAGUUCAUCAGACAUGGAAAGUUUCUCUCUCCCGCCCACACAUAGACACGCCUACGUCUUAAAGUCCAUCCACGCCCUACAGUACCGCCAUAUCCCCAAAAUCCCGCCCACAUUUCCACAGUCCCGCCCACAUCUCUACAGUCCGCCCACAUCUCUACUGUCCCACCCACAUCCCACAGUCCCGCCCACAUCUCCACAGCCCCGUCCACACCCUACAAUUCCACCCACAAUCCCACCCACAGCUCCAAAGUCCCACCCACACCCACUUCCACAGUCUCACCCACACCCCCAUAGACCCGGCCACACCCCCACAGUCUCCCCUCCCCCCGCCCACACCUCCAAGUCCUCCUCACACCCCGCAAUCCCACACCCCAACUCCCCCACACCCGCCCAACCCUACAACUCCCCCACAGCCCGCCCACACCCUACAACUCCUCCACAGCCCGCCCGCACCCCCAAAAUCCCGCCCACACCCUACAACUCCUCCACAGCCCGCGCCCGCACCCCCACUCCCGCCCACACCCUACAACUCCCCCACAGCCCGCCCACACCCUACACACUCCUCCACACAGCCCGCCCGCACCCCACAAUCCCGCCCGUGACCCAGAACAUGCCCACGAAUAAUCUCACUCGUUAA